AUGGCGGCGACACCAGAAGACUCCGCCGGCCUCGAAGAGCGCCUGAGAAAAAUGAUACUCUUCAACGGCUCGGUUCCGGACGACACAGAAGAUCGCAGACCCCGAGUCCGGUUGCCGCCACCAACAUCGAGUUCGGGGUACACCCAGGUGCCACCGGGCAUGCAACCCAUCAACCCCCAUCAACCGCCGUACCUGAACCACAGUGGCUCCAGUAGCCCGGCAUCUCCUGCAUAUCCAGGCUUCACCCCACCACCGCCGUCUUCACACCCGCCGCAUCUUCAGCAAGUCCCCUCGCCAUACCCGUACGCACCGCACAAUCGCCAUUCUAGUGGCAACCCCUAUGAAGCUCACAUGCAACUCCAAGGCUAUGUACAGGCGCCAAACGGUGCUCACAAUAGUCCGACUGGCCCUCAACGCCCUGGGCCAAGCAGACCACCACGACAGCAAAUCCAGCUCGACCCAAGUGCGUUCCAGCGUGGGCCGCCUCGAGGUCAGACCGGCAAUGCUCGACCGCUGCCCAACACUCGGACGUUGUAUGAUCCAAACGCGCAGAGCUCUCGUCAGGGACAAUUCACGUUUAUGCGCAACGAUGAACACGAGCGCAAAGCCCAGUACCUGGAGCAGGUCGCAGCCGUCGAGGUCCCAAGUGUCGACAUAAGCCAAGCGGAGUGUCAAGAGAAGGAGACAUUCCGACGCGUGCUCGAGAAGAUCUGCCAUCAGGUCUGCGAGGAGGACCCUAAUCUUCCAAAGGUGUCCCUCGAAUGCUUCGGCAGCUUUCAGUCUGGCUUUGCUAGCGCUGGAUCUGACAUGGAUCUUGUAAUCGUCGUACAGGACCAAGCUUCAAGUGCAUCGAUGUUCUCCCUGCUCGAGGAUGACCUCCCCAGGGCACUGGAGAAGAAGCUACUUCGCAGUGGGCACGGCGCACGUCUGCUUACUCGCACCAGGGUCCCGAUCAUUAAGGUCUGCGAGAGCCCUGGUGAAAGCUUUUUGGACAAGUUGCGCGAGGAACGCGAGAAGUGGGAUUUUCUGCCUAAUGAGAAGAAGUACCCACACUUGCAUCCAGGAGUUGAGGAAGAAGCGGCAGAGGAGACUAACGCGAUCGAGGCUGGCGCACAGGACGUUACGCAAGUUACUGCCACCACUGGUGGUACUGUCGAUGGCAUACCGGUGAGGGUGGAGUCCACAACUACGUCCACGAUCGGUGAGAACGGAAGCGAUGUGCAGAGAGAGACGACUACAGUGGUGACGGCAGAAAAAGCGUCGCCAGCAUCAUCGAAAGACCCGCAGUCCGUGGAUGCGAGACGAGAGCAGACCAAGACGUGGACCAGAGAACGCAAGGCCGGUCCACUUGACUUCCCCAAAGAUGGCGUCGGUAUCCAGUGCGAUAUCAAUUUCUUCAACCCCCUGGGUCUCCACAACACACAACUGCUUCGAUGCUACUCAUCCUGUGACCCUCGCGUACGACCUAUGGUACUCUUCGUCAAGUCCUGGGCCAAGAAGCGUCGGAUCAACAGCUCUUACUCGGGCACCCUGUCUAGCUACGGCUAUGUCAUGAUGGUGCUUCACUAUCUCAUGAACGUGGCUCAGCCGCCAGUCCUUCCGAAUCUUCAAGCACCGUGGCGUCCUCACCCUCGCUGCACUCCGCCCGGCGCCGACAGAACUGAAGUCGAUGGCUGGGAGGUGGACUUUUGGCGGCACGAGAAUGAGAUCAAGGAUGCUCUACACAACGGGCAGAUAAGCGGUAAUCGCGAGUCCCUGGGCUCACUUCUUGCUGGCUUCUUCCAGUACUACUCAUCUCAGGGUCGUGGACAACAGUUCCGAUGGACACAAUGGGUGCUGUCACUUCGCACGCCAGGUGGCAUUCUCGCGAAAGAGCAAAAGGGUUGGGUAAAAGCUAUCACAGAAGAGGGCGAAGGCAAGAAGAUCCAACAUCGCUACUUGUUCUGCAUCGAAGACCCGUUCGAACUCGCUCAUAAUGUAGCCCGGACUGUAACCCACAACGGUAUUGUUGCUAUUCGAGACGAGUUCAGACGAGCAUAUCGGAUACUGCUCCAGAUCGGAACAGGCAUCCCGCCACAAGAUGGCGAGCUGUUCGCCGAGCUUCUUGAAGCCGACGAGUUGGCCGUGGCAACAGAGGCACUAAGAAUAGGCGGUCCCGACGUGCCCCUCAAGUCUGGCUUCGAGCAGAUGGGCAACCACGCACAGCCAAAGCCACCUAAGCAUCAACACCCGAAUCAGAGGCACCUGGCGCAGAAGCCGCUGAAUGGCAUCCCGAACAACACACGGAAUCUCCCAGGCAAGCCGAAGCUGCAAUCACAAGGACCCGAUAUGGCUGAUCAACAUGCUUUCCCAACACUCGGUGCGGCCGCCACGAAGCCUAAGGCGCAACGCAAGAAGAGUCGGCAGAACGAUGCGGGCAGUAUUUCUGGCGACAAGGCGCAGGAGUACCUUGAAGAGUAUCGACGUAAGAAGGCAGAAUCCGAAGCGGAGACCACCGCAAAGGGAGCUGCCGAGGCUGUUCUCAAUGGCGAUGACUAG